AGAUGUGAAGUAGAAAUACACACAACAUAAAGGAAAUAGUGGAACAGAACAACAACAAAAAAACACAAGUACAGAACGAGCGUUCGUUAGGUGAACACUGUGGUGUAGUUUAUAAAUAUUAUUGAAUCGUGUAUAACAAAGUUUUCUUUGUGAACAAUAAUGUAAUUUAUUAUGAAUAGUUUUUUACAAUGAAGACGAAUUUAGUGAUUUUUCUGUGCGUGGUAUUGUUUGUGUAUAGUGUAUGCAAUGAGGAUAUACCAAGGAAGUCUUUAUUAGAUGAACAACAUCCUGCCAUUGAAUUCAGCCGUCAUACACUUGUGAAACCGAAACUUUAUCAUGGAAGAGAAAAAAGACAAAUUUCGUCGACUAAACACGAGGUGACUGGAACACACACCGAUCAUAUACAAAUCAAAAUGGAAGUUGAUGGACAAGACAUGAUACUAGAUUUAACCAUAAAUAAAGAUUUGAUACCACAAGGAUUUUUUCACAAACAUCAAGAAAACGGAGACUAUAAAAUCCACAAACCUUCAUUACAGGAUGUAGAUCUUUGCGAUUAUAGUGGAAAAGUUCGUGGGAAACCCGAUUCGUGGGUGGCAAUCUCGACGUGCGAUGGACUUUCGGGAGUCAUUUACGACGGAAAAGAAAUGCAUUACAUCGAAACUACAAAUAAACUCGCCGAUAUACAAUCCGAACAUUUUUUAUAUAAACACUCCGAUUCGUUAAGACAUAAUAAGACUUGUGGAUAUAAAGGAGAUGUUUUAGACCACGAAAAUUCCCAUGACAAUAAGGAUGAUCGGAUUUUAAGAUAUAAGCGAGAUCAACCGUUACUUAGGGGACCUUACAAUGCCAACAAAGAAUCCAAAUAUGUAGAAUUAGUUCUUGUUAUAGACAAUCAACUUUACAAACAAUUGGGAGAAAGUAGAACCAAAACUAUCAACCAUGCCAAAUCUAUUGCCAAUAUUAUCAAUGGCCUGUACUCUUCUUUGAAUAUUUUUAUAGCUUUAGUAGGAGUUGUGAUUUGGAGUGAAAAUGACGAAAUUCAAUUUUCUGGUAAUGGAGAUACGACGCUCGCAAAUUUUCUACGUUACAGGAGAGAAAAAUUAACCACUACUCAUCCAAAUGACAAUGCUCAACUUUUAACAAAAUUUAAUUUCGAUAACGGCGUUGUUGGAAAGGCUCUAAAAGGUCCAAUUUGUACUUAUGAAUAUUCCGGAGGUAUAAGCACGGAAUAUUCACCUGUUGUAGGUGUUGUUGCCACUACUGUUGCUCAUAUGAUCGGUCACAACUUUGGCAUGGAACAUGAUACAGGAAAUUGCAAGUGCCCCGAUGAUCGUUGUAUAAUGACAUCAAGUAGCUCAACAGAAAAGUUAACACAUUGGUCGUCCUGCAGUUUGGAAUAUCUUCACCAAGCGUUUUCUCGCGGAAUGGACUAUUGCUUAAGAAAUAAGCCUAAAGCAUUAUUUGAUAGUCCCGUAUGCGGUAACGGAUUCGUGGAACCAGGUGAACAAUGCGAUUGCGGCCUUGAAGAACAUUGUGAUAAUUAUUGUUGUAAUGCCAGUACUUGUAUGCUGCACAUUAACGCUACUUGUGCAACGGGAGAGUGCUGUGAUCUAGCGACAUGUUUACCAAAAACAAAAAAAACUCUUUGUCGAUCCGCAGAUUACGAAUGCGAUCUUCCCGAAUAUUGCACGGGACAAUCAGAAUAUUGCCCCGAAGACGUUCACAAACUAGACGGCGAACCAUGUGAAAGAGGACAAGCUUACUGUUAUCACGGGUCUUGUAGAACCAGAACUGAUCAAUGUAAAUUGUUAUGGGGCGAUACGGGGAAAUCCAGCGACGAUAAAUGUUAUAUGCUAAACACUAAAGGCAACAGACACGGAAACUGCGGCUACGAUAAAAUAACUCAGACUUAUACCAAAUGUGAAAAUGAGAAUGCUUUAUGUGGAAUGUUACAAUGUACACAUUCAAAUGAAAAAUUAGAAUUUGGUAUGGAAUCAGUUGCUAUAAUAUCUAAUGCGUUCAUUAACAAAAAUGGUUCGAUUAUUGCUUGUCAGUCAGCAAUUGUGGAUUUGGGAAUAAAUCAAGUUGAUCCUGGACUUACUCCUGAUGGUGCAUUAUGUGGAGAUGGAAAGAUGUGUGUUAAUCAAACAUGUAUAUCGGUCUCCGCUUUAAGAAAACAAGGUCCGCAAUGCCCCGAUGAUUGUAACGGUAACGGCUGGUGCAAUAAUAAAGGAACUUGUCAUUGUAAAGAAGGUUUUUUCCCUCCCAAUUGCCACUCCCUUGAUCUUGGAGGAUCCCAGGAUAGUGGCGCAGCGUUGAUUUCAAAUGUAACAGUUGAAGUACAUCCUACGAUGGAAUUCGGCAAUCAUACAAUAGUGAAACCGAAAUUGUACCAUGGGCGAGAAAAGAGACAAAUUUCGUCGACAAAACAAAAGACUGGAACACACACCGACCAUAUACAAAUCAAGAUGGAAGUUGAUGGACAAGACAUGAUACUAGAUUUAACCAUAAAUAAAGAUUUGAUACCACAAGGAUUUUUUCACAAACAUCAAGAAAACGGAGGCUAUAAAAUCCACAAACCUUCAUUAGAGGAAGUGAACCUUUGCGAUUAUAGUGGAAAAGUCCGAGGAAAACCCAAUUCGUGGGUGGCAAUCUCGACAUGCGAUGGACUUUCGGGAGUCAUUUUUGACGGAGAUGAAAUGCAUUAUAUCGAAACUCGUAAUAGGACGGCUGAUAUAGAAUCCGAUCAUUUUUUAUAUAAACAUUCCGAUUUGCGAAAACAUAAUAAGACUUGUGGAUAUGCAGGAGACGCUGUAGACCCCAACAAAUUUCAUAACCAUAAAAAAAAUAGAAUAUUAAGGUAUAAACGAGAUGUAGACCAACAGUUAGUCAGAGGACCCUAUAAUGCCAAUAAACAAUCCAAAUAUGUAGAACUAGUACUUGUGAUAGAUAAUCAACAGUACAAAGAAUUGGGAGAAAGUAAAACUAGAACCAUUAACCAUGCCAAAACUAUUGCUAAUAUUAUAAAUGGGCUGUAUUCUCCCUUGAAUAUUUUUAUAGCCUUAGUGGGAGUUGUGAUUUGGAGUGAAAAUGAUGAGAUCAAUUUUUCUGCCAACGGCGAUACGACACUUACAAAUUUCCUUCAUUACAGAAGAGAAAAAUUAAUCAAAAGCCAUCCUAACGACAACGCUCAACUAUUAACAAAAUUUAAUUUCGAUAACGGCGUUGUUGGAAAGGCUCUAAAAGGUCCAAUUUGUACUUAUGAAUUUUCCGGUGGGGUAAAUACCGAACAUUCACCUGUUGUAGGACUUGUUGCCACCACUGUUGCCCAUGAAAUGGGUCACAAUUUUGGUAUGGAACAUGAUACAGUAGAGUGCGAUUGUCCGGAUGACCGUUGCAUAAUGGCACCAAGUAGCUCAACUGUAGCUCCGAAGCACUGGUCGUCUUGUAGCUUAAGCUACCUCCUUCAAGCCUUCACUCACGGUAUGGACUACUGUCUAAAAAAUAAGCCUAAAGCAUUAUUUGAUAGUCCCGUAUGCGGAAACGGAUUUGUGGAACCAGGUGAACAAUGCGAUUGCGGCCUCGAAGAACACUGUGAUAAUUAUUGUUGUAACGCCAGUACUUGUAUGUUGCACAGUAACGCUAGUUGUGCAACGGGAGAAUGCUGCGAUCUAUCGACAUGCUUACCGAAAACGGCGGGAACUCUUUGUCGAUCCGCAGAUUACGAAUGCGAUCUUCCUGAAUAUUGCACGGGACAAUCAGAAUAUUGUCCAGAGGAUAAUUACAAAUUAGAUACCGAAUCAUGUGACGGAGGAAGAGCUUUCUGUUAUCACGGUUUCUGUAGUACAAGAUCCGAUCAGUGUAAAUUGUUAUGGGGCGAUACGGGGAAAUCCAGCGACGAUCAAUGUUAUAUGAUGAACAUCAAGGGCAACAGACACGGAAACUGCGGCUACGAUAAAUUAACCCAAACAUUCUUCAAGUGUGAAAACGAGAGUGUUUUAUGUGGUAUGUUGCACUGUAAACAUUUGAACGAAAGAUUAGAAUUCGGCAUGGAAUCAGUUGCUAUACUAUCCCAUACUUUCAUUAACAAAAAAGGCUCGAUCAUUCCUUGUAGAACGGCCAUCGUAGAUUUGGGAAUAAAUCAAGUUGAUCCUGGAUUAACUCCUGAUGGUGCAUUAUGCGGGGACGGAAAGAUGUGUGUUAAUCAAAAAUGUAUGUCGGUCUCCAGUUUAAGGAAGCAAGGUCCGCAUUGUCCCGAUGAUUGUAAUGGUAACGGCUGGUGUAACAACAGAGGCAAUUGUCAUUGUAAAGACGGUUUUGCUCCUCCCAAUUGCUACUAUCCGGGUCCUGGAGGAUCUUUGGACAGUGGUCCAGCUGCGGAUCCAAAUGCUCGUCAAGGACUCGUAGCAGGACUGUUCAUCUUCUUCCUGGGCAUAGUGCCUUUGGUAGCGAUUACGGCAUUCCUAUUCUAUUAUGCUCGACAUAAUCUGCGCUUCGGUAGAAAAAAAUCGCCACAAUCAACGUCGAAAUCUCCUUCAAAAUCAAGAGGGCCACCACCGUUCGCAUCAGAAGAAGCAAAAAGAACAGAAGACAAUCAUUCACUACUUCGAGAAGAGUCGCCUCCACCAGGUGGUUUUAUCGGUCUAUCUAAUAACUUCUUUGGUAAUUUCAAAGGAUUUUCAAUCAGUCCAUUGAAGAACGAAGUGCAACCAAAUCGAUCCGCACCUCCUCCGCCUGUUGUUACCCCAAUUCCCAAAUCUACAAAAGUAACAACUUCCCAAGAACCGAAACAAGGCAUAUUUAGCAAUUCAAUCCAGAAAUAUAACUCCUUUAGAAAGAGUAAUACACUGUCUGGAGGAGUAUCUACUGUAAACAACGUAUCUGCGGCUCCUGCUUUACCACCACCUAAUCCUGGAAGUCAAGCAAAACCAAUAAUUUCAUCUCCAAUACUAGAGAAUUCUACUUGUACAGCUAAAGAACUAGUGUCACCUUUAAAAAAUGCUCCAAAGGUUCCCAUCAGAGCCGCCCCUCAAGCUCCUGUAGAAGUAUCAAGGCCUCUAUCCACACCAAAUACUUUAUCCACUUCCAACGUUUCAACAACAAAUAUGUCGGAAGAAUCAAAACGUCCUAAAGAAAGUGUUAGUACCAGUACUUUGAAUAGAAUAGCUUCUUUUCUAAAACCAGUAGAUAAAAAACCUUCUGUAGUUCAAAAAUCGAAUCAAGUAAAAGCCACCAAAGUAAAAGAUAAAGAAACUUUACGUAACAUAGAAAUUUCUAACCCCAUACCUCAAACUCACAUAGAAAUUUCCGUAACAGCCUUACCAGUCGAUAACAUAGGUACUAAAAAUGUGGUUAUGCGCGCACAGAGCAUGCGUGCUACAAAACAAAGCGACAGACCGCAUAUACAGACAUUCGGCUCUAUGCGGCAACCUAGUGGAUUCAAAAGACCUGUUAGUAUACCUUCUGGGAAUCGUCCUAAAAACCCACCACCCCCGAGACCCUCAUUAGAGGAAUCGCAAGAGAAAUCUGACAACUCCGAUCAAUAUGAUGACUGUUUAAAUGAAGAAAUUUCCUUAGCUAAGAACAAUCCCAGUGGAGAUAAUAUUUAUGCAGUAAUAGAGGAAUCUCCCGUAUCUCCAAUACCCCUUAAAUCGCCCGAAACACAUCCGAACAAUUCUAGUUCCAGUGAAAGUAUGGGUUUACUGGGAGAAAUAGUUACAGAAAUACAAAACAGAAAUUUCGAUUCAAUAUAUUCGACUUCGACUUUAGCUAGAAAGAAAAGGGAAGAAGAAGAGAAAAUGAAAAAUCAAUUGUCACCAGAUUCCUCUGAAACGUACGUAAAUACGUCAACUUUACAUUAUCCGGACAGCGAGUACAGUAAUAUGAGCGGAAAUUUAAAAUCUAGUGCCAGUUCAACUUCUAGUGGAUAUAUUCUACCAUCUUCUAUAAACGUGCCCGUAAAAGAAGAACUGAAAAAAGUAGAAGAAAUUAAACCUAAUUUAAGUUCUUUCAAAGCAGAUACUAAACCACCAAACAAACCAUUAACGACGGGGUUUAAACCAGCACAAAUAAAUUUAAAAAAAAUCGAUAUGUCACCAGAAAGAAACAAAUCAAAAACAUCCUCUUCCCCAACAAAUAAAACACCUCCUAAGUCAAUCAGUAGACAAAUUACUCCUCCAAAUUUGCGCACUAGAAAGCCGUCUCCUACGAGGCCGACUCCCCCGGUACAAAAAACCAAUCGUUCGGUUACGAACAGCCCGGAUUUAGUAACCAGCUGCAACACUAAUUCCUCUAAACCGCCCGACGUAUUAGGUGGUGGUUCGGUAAAUAAAAAACCAACUAUAACAAGUGCUAAACCUACAGUGCCCUUAUCUAAAGUUAAAAAUAACCUCAAACCUGUGAAUUCCAAAUCGCAAGAAAAAAAAAGUGAAGUGGUAGCUAAUAAACUCGGUAAAAACAAUUCUGAUACCGGCAACAGUGCGAAAAGUUCGACGGGUUUUCGGAACGCAGCAAGGUCGAAUUCGAAUGUUGCAACGCUGCAACAAAAAUUCGAGAAUAAAAGUAGCGCUAGUUGAAUCAAAUGAUGCGUUCUUCGAUGAUAUAUCAUAAGUUGAUUAAUAAUAAUCGAUUACCUAAUAUUGCGUUUUAUAUUUGAUCCAUUAUUAUUAUUAUUAUUAUGAAUCAAAAAGUAUAAAAAUUAAAUAGGUAAAAAACGUGCAUGAUUCACUAAACCAAAAAUAACAAGAAAAUGGCUUUAUGUUUGUCAUACAGAGUGAGUUUUAUGUAUGGAACCACUGAAUUAUCUCGGAAACGGUUUGUCUUGUGAUACGGCCUGUAUAAUGGUGGUAUUUACAUUGUUGUUAGAUCUUUUUCCGGAAAAAUAAUGAACUUUGUUAUAUCUAUACCUAAAUGCCAUAAUUUCGAAGUUAUAGUUACAUUUACAGUACCUCCAACAAAGUUACAAUAAAUUUUGUACAUUUAAGUUAAAACUUUAAAUGUUUGUGUUAUGUUAGAAGUAGAUCCACAUUUGUGAAGCAGAAAAAUUACGAAUUUUAGAAAACAUACAGUAAAGACGAUUAUAGCAGAUGCUCAACAUGUUGUCUAUACAUUUUGCAACAUCCCUGACUUCUUAAUUCUUCUCAUCUUUGUAGUAAUCCUAUCUUUUAAUUCCUGAAUAUUGGCAGGUUUUGUUUUGUAAACUAUGUUUUUUAAGUAACCCGACAGAAAAUAGUCUAAAGGAUUCAUGUCGGGUGAUCGCGGGGGCCAUUGCCUCACCACACACGCAUAGUGUCGAUACUUGUCCAGUACUCAAGUGUAGAUCGUCUUCUAACAGGACACAAACAUCUAAAGAUUUGUUUUCAGUUGAUGCAGUUUUUCUUCGUUCUACUUUUUUACCAAUUUACUGACAAUAGAUCUUGUUAUGGGAUUUCGGUUAGGAUAUAAAUUAUUAUCUUGUUGACUUCUACGUCUAUCACCAUAUCCUAAUAUUAUUAAAAUAUCAAAUUGUUCUUUUUCAGAUAAACGAUCCAUUGUGAUUUUCAAUAAACUUCAACAAAAAUAAUUCAAAAAACACAAAAUAUAUAGAGUGAUCUAUUUGAAAUAACACAUUUCAUUAUUUUUCAGGAAAAAGGAAAGAUCUAACAACAAUGUAAAUAUUACCAGAAUACCGACGGAAGUUUGUACAGAAAAACUUAUAAAAAUCGUACAAACCGUUUCCGAGAUAAAGGCGUUAAAUACCGGGUGUAUCAUUAUUAAUAGCGUUAGAAAUAAUACAUCCAACAGAAGAACAAUUCAAUUCUACAUGAAAACCUAUGAAUGAUAAUACACGUAAGCACCAUUCAUCACUGGGUGCCCGUCAAAACAAUAUUCGUUUUUUCUAAUCCAAGGUUCCCAGCAAAAUUUGCCUGAUAAAUUUCCUGACUUUCCCUGACCAAAACUCAAAAAAUUCCCUGACCAAAAGGUACGCGCAAAAUCAGCUUGGAUUACUUAAUGUUAAUAGUAGUAUUAAUCAUUAUUAUUUGCAUUAAUUAAAUUAAUUUAAAAGCAUUUUCAAUUAGCUUCAGAUUGAUUUUUAUAAAAAAUUAAUAAAAACUUAGAAAGAGAAAAUAACUAACAGAAGCAGAUUAAUCCAUCUAAUCUAGAAGCUAAGAAUUAAAUUAAAGCAACAUUCUUUUUCAGAGGCACCAAAAAAAAUUCUUUUCAGAGGCGCCAACUAGUGAGAAACACAGCAAAAUAUUUCAGAAGCGCCAUCUGGUGAGACGUAGCGCAAGGAUUUUCUAAAAUCUGGAGUUACUCCAGAUUUUACUUUAUUUUAGGAUUUUCCCUGACUUUUUGAAAUUUUUUGUAAAUUUCACUGACUUUUUGAGAAUAUUUCCAAAUUUCCCUGACUUUUCCUGACCAUUUAGCAAUUCCCUGACUUUCCCUGAUUUUCCAGGUCGCUGGCAACCCAGUAAUCAAUGUAUCUCAAGUAAAAGCUGCUUCUUAUUUCGAAAAAGGUCAGCUGGGAUUAAAGGGACAUAAAUAGGAUCCUUUUUGAAUUCCCGAAACUAGAUAUAACAUGGCAUCAGAUUUGGCGAUCGAGGAGGCUAUUGUCUACUUACGUAUUAAUUGAAACUCCAGUGUCUAUGAAUUCAAUUUGAUUUCAAUAACUAAAAAAAUGUAUAAAUGUAAACUUAACAUAUAUUUUCUUAACUAUCGAGGUUGAAGUAAAACUUUAUUCUUCAUUGUUAUUAGGUUUUCUGACAAGCUAUGUAAUUCUGAUAGUGGGUAUUUUCCCUCUGCUACGGCGAAGGGCUCUAACCCUGUCAGACAUCGAAAAAAGUAAAUUUUGGACCGGCAUAACAUCCUAUUCUAAAUAGCUCAUAGAUCCAUUUAACGCUAAAAAAAUUUAAAAAGCAAACAACAAUCGCAUCGUUCGAAAACUUUAGUCGAAUAGUGAGAAGAUAAAACGCAAAGUGAAGUAAUCGAUUAUUGAUUGAUAAGAUCAACGUUAAUUACACGAAAUUUUGAAAAAUUUGCGAUAUUUCAAAAUUUAACUAUAGGCAUACUUUAAAUUAUUAUAAAAUAGCAACCAAUAGUUUCUAAUUGUUAUAAAUGAUUCCAUUUUAUAAUAAAAUCAUAAAACAUAUACACUAUACUGUUUCAAAAAAAUCGAUUAUCUUUUUUCUCAUUAAUAUUUUUGAAAUGACGGAAAAAAAUCCUGUAAAAUAUAGAGCUCUUAAUAUCAAGGGAUGCCGCGUCGAAAAUUUCAAUUUCUUAUUUGAUUAACUUUGGAAUUCAUUAACUCUUUAACUAACAAGUCAUCGGACUACUUGAGUCGAACCAUAUUUUUGUAGAGAAUUGAAGGCUCUACAAAAAAGAAUUCUUAUAAUUUUUUGAUAUAUUUACUUUUUCAAAAGUUAUUUAACGCUAAAGAUGGAUUCAUUUAAAAUUUUUACAUUUUUCUAAUUUUCCGACGAAACCAUCAACUUUGUGAUAAAAUUUAAUACAACUUUUUUUGUAGAAAAUUUAAUUUCCUAUAACUUAUUCCUUGAAAAAUUUUCGAAAUUUUUUACAGAUCGUAAGUUAUUUGUAAAAAACUAAAAACCUCCCAUAACUUUUGAACGGCUUGACUGAUUUAAUCGCGGUUGACGCCAUUUGAAAGGGCUAGACUGAACUUAGAUUUUGACUUAAAAAAACUACGAAAAAAAAUUUUUUAAUAUGGUUUUUUUGGAAUAACUAAACGGCUUUACCGACCGAUUCGAAAAACUAAUCAGCUCAAACAUCAAAAAAUCACGUCGAUCGCCACCAAGCCGGUCAAAAUCGGUUGAUUCGUUCGUGAGUUACGAUCUGUAAAAAAUAUUAGAAAUUUUUCAAGAGAUAAGACAAAAUCUACCGAUCCGAAUCGGUCCAAACAGUAGUCAAAAUCUAAGUUCAGUCAAGCCCUUUAGAAUGACGUCAACUGUGAUCAAAUCGGUCAAGCCGUUGAAAAGUUAUGGGAAGUUUUUAGUUUUUUACAAAUAACUUAUGAUAUGUAAAAAACAUCGAAAAUUUUUUAGGAGAUAAGUUAUAGGAAAUUAAAUGUUUUACAAAAAAAGUCCUACUAAAUUUUCUCAAGAAGUUGAUGGUUGCUUUGGAAAAUUAGAAAAAUGUAAAAAUUUUAAAUCAAUACAUCUUUAGCGUUAAAUAACUUUUGAAAAAGUGAAUAUAUCAAAAAAUGAUGAGAAUCUUUUUUUGUAGACCUCUACAAAUAUGUUCUGACUCAACUAGUCCGAUGACUUGUUAAAAGAGUUAAUGAAUUCCAAAGUUAGAAAAAAAAUUCCAUGUUAAUCAAAUGGGAAAUUGAAAUUUUCGACGAGACUCUUCUUGAUAUUAAUAUUUUUCAGGAUUUUUUUUUCGCAGCACUGUGGGUAAGUAUACGCAACAGCAAAUAUUUCAAGAUCCCGCAGCAAAAUUACUGAUCAGUCGACAGAAUAAAAUGUUUAUAGAAUGUUAGUACUUACCGUUACCGAUAAGAAAAUGUCCCCCUGUUACAUUUCGGCGGUAGCUUCUGUAACGAACAUGACUCCUGCCCAGAUGUUGCCAACUACAACAGUAGAGGUACAAUUCCAAAAAAAUUCAGUUACUUAGUAGCGUCUACUUCUUCUGAUGUUACUCGAUUAAGAGUUUAUACAAGAUUACUUUAUUCAUAAAAUAACAUAACUGAAAUUAGACAAACUUAUUGUCAUGAGACAUUGCAGUUUACAAUGCUCUCAAGUGAGCUGUUUCGGAGGUCUCCACAUAUAUGGCGCUACUAUGAUUAAUCUUUUUAAUUAUUAAUACAACAAUAAUAAGAACUACAAGAAGUUUUGGGAAGUGCCUUCGGUAUUAUUUCAGAGCUAUUCUCUUUUUUGAGUAGCUUUACAGUUGCAACAAGAUUCAGUCAUCCUGUACUAGAUUGAUAUGAAGUACUGAACACAAUUGAUAUCCAAUUAUGACCAGCCAAUACCAGAAAACGUCUUAGAAACCUCCCAAUAUUGUUCAGCGACAAACACAACUGUGACCAGUACAGAUACCAAUGCAUUUUCACCAAUAUGUGUAGCUUCAAUAAGCAAAACAUUCAUACCAUUGUGAUUUAUAGAAGUAACAUCACAAAUUUGAUAAAUUGAUAGUCUCUUAAAGCUGAUUCAGAAACUACGAAAAAAAAGAAGAAACGAAAUUUGCUAAAAGACUGAUGAAUGAUGUUAAAUAUGACUCUUAAGAAACCAAAAAAUGACGAAAAUGUGUAUUACUGUCCUUUAUGUGGUGAAAAAUGAUUACAUAUUAUAUUGAUUAAUUUAAUCAACAGAAUAAAAUGUUUUUAGAAUGUUAGUACUUACCAUUAACGAUAAGAAAAUGUCCCCCUGACUAGUCUGGUUUUGUUUCAUUUAUGAAUAAAUCUUCUAAAUAUAAAAUCUUAGUUUUUAGCCUUUCUUUUUAAUCUAGUAGUAUUUUAUUUUUACUCAAUUUUUCUUCUUCAUCUUUUUUCGUAUUUUUCAGUUUUAAGGGACUAUAGAUUUUGUGAUGUUCCUUUCGCCAGAUUUUCUAUAGAUCACAAUGGUAUGAAUGUUUUGCUGGUUGAAGCUACACGUUUCUAAAACGUUUUCUAGUCAUAAUUGGAUAAUGUCAAUUAUGCUCAGUACUUCACAUCAGAUCUGGUACAGGAUAACUGAUAUAGAAAUGAUUAGGUAACUAAUAUCAAGAUAAUUAUAUAUCCGUAUCAAAAUGUUAUAUAAAUUAGAACGAUUUCAUUGUUAAACCAUGUGGAAUAAGCUUGGGUUUCUCAAUAUUCGCAUAUUUUUCUCAAUUUCUUCAAUGUGCAAAUGUGUGUAUUCAAUUUGUGACUAGAAUUUCAUCGCCAGGUGUUGAAUAUUAAUAAGUCAUAGUAGUUAAACCCACAUUUUGAUAAUUUGUGAUAUAAUAUAAUCAAUUGCAUGAAUUUCUGGAACCGUUGGUAAUGUCCUGUCACCAGUUUCAUGCGCAGUUUGAAAUUAUCCGUUCGCAGUGCUAAUAAAACACGUUGGGAUUCAAAAUUCUGUUGGGGAGCACUGAUUUUCAAUUCUGUCUCUUAUACAUAACCUAAUUUUUAAUUUUGUAAAUAGAUACUUGAAACUUUUAGUAUUUUAAUGAAAUUAUUAAACUUUCAUUAUUACUAAGGAUAAUUUUAUAUCUUUGCCAUUAAAAUAAUACUAAAAUAUUAUAAAUUGUUUAUCCAUAAUUACCUUAUCAUUGAAGUUUUAUAAUCUAAACUAGUUCUUCCUAUAGGCGAUAGGAUUAACUAGCAGGUCAAACUAGUUGAUCCUGAAAUAUGGAUACUCUAGAAUAAACUAAUAUGGCCUAGUCUAAACAUUAUAGUAAUGCAUCUAAAUGUUCUUGAUUUUAAGACUCUUCUGUUUCAAAUUAGUUUUUUUGAUAGUUUUUAAAAGAAAGAUAAAUUUUGAUGUUUCGACUUUUCGUCAAGCGUUUGUUAAAAUAAAAACUAUUAAAAAAAAAACUAAUUUUGAAACAGAAGAGACCUAAAAUCAAGAACAUUCAGAUGCACUAAUAUAUCAAAAGGUCUAAGAAAUAAGAAAUUGAAGAAAAUUAUAGUAUAUUUUGAAAAUCAAAAUAAAUAGAUAAACUGAAUAAAAUAUUCUGUUAUUAGAAAAAUAAUCAUUUUUAUUAAAACAAUAGGGGAAUGUGGGGCAAAGUGUGAGGGUUAACAACCAAUUAACAGUUUUUCAUACAUUCUAUUACUUUAUUAAAUUAUUACUUUAAUAAAUAUCACAAAUUUUAAACACUCGCAAUAAUGGAACUUUAAAUUUUUAGGUUUUUUUUAUUGCAGUCUAGUGUUUUAAUAUAAUAACAAUAUAAAUUUUUAUUUUAAAAUGAUCUGCCCCCUACACAGAACCAGCAUACAUAAAUUUUCUUCUUAUUUCAUGUUUGUAUACUAAGCUUCUAUCUAUGUCUUUAUGUUUUCUAAAAUUUCUUAGAAAUGAGACCUCGACAAAGGCAUUAUCCAAACUUAGUAUUUUGGCAGCAAAUUCUUUUUUUAUUUUCUCAUUUUCAAUCUCGACCAGAGCAAAAUCACCGACCCCAUAGUCAGCAGAAAGUUUUGGCUCUGCAUCCUCUUCGCCACUCUCGGUUUCCGAUUCAUGCCACUCGCAAUCCGAGCCAGAGGAGUCCUGGCAGAGCUGCUUCCCAUCUAUAUCGGAAUCAAACGAUGAAUGGCGACGGUUCUUUUUCACCCUUUUACUGGAAGGUUCAAAGGUUAAUUUUUUUAACUUCUUUAACCGGACGUGUCGUUGGAUUUUUUGAAUCCAUAAGCUCUUUCAAAUAAGGAGAAUCGGUUAUUACGGCCGUCUUGCCAGUUCUUCUGUUUUUUGUUUCUUUUCAACCUACUGUUUUUGGUAGAGAUAGAAUAUCCUCAGGGGUGGUAACAAGAGAAGAUGGGCUUAGCCUUGUAUGAAAUGUUGAUGGCGUUGUUUGGUCUAGAGGAGCAGCUGGUAUGGAGGUAUUUUCUUGUUGUGGACGAUCAGUUGUAGUGGCAUCAUAAGCUUCCUCAAGGAAAAUAUAAGGAUUGAUUGAAGGGGAAGACCCCUGUUCUUCUAAAUGACGCAACUGCUGCCUGUGUAGUCUCUACCCUCAUAUAUGCUUCCCCAAAAAUAGAGCUGAUAUCUUUCAAUGUGAUUCUUUCCCGACCUCACAGUUUGUGCAUAAAAGGUGUUCAGUGGCUUCAUAAACUCCACGUCCAAUGAUUGAAGUCGAUGGGAUGUGUGAGUCGGAAUGACCAAAAUAUGCACGUUAUUUGUUCGCGCCAUUUCGAAGAGUGUAUGAGUGGCAUGGCCAUCUAAUAUAAGUAGAACUGGUUUUUCUUUAGUUGGUCGAGCAUGGCGCAAGAAAGUCUCGAACCAUAUUGGGGCGAAAAUUUCAGCUUGCAUCCAUCCUGAAGGAUGUGCAACCACCGACUGUCUGGAGGAAGACCCUUCUCAAAAGCCGGGUCUUUUCUAACGCGAGGGAAGAUCAGUAAAGGAGGCACAUUUUGCCCAGACGCACUAAAACAGACCUUUGCCGUCACCAAGGUUCCACGUUCAGCUGAUGCCAGCAGUCCCAUUUGUUUCUUCCCUUUCAAUGAGAGGAUUUUGGGCUGUUUAUUGGGAACUGUAGUUAUGCCAGUUUCAUCUGUAUUAAACAUUCGGCUUGCAGAAAAUUUAUAUUUGUCCAUUAGGUUUCCCAGGAGUUCAAAAAAGGUCCCAACAUUGUUUUUAUUAAAAGCGGAUGCUCGAGCCAGUGAAGUAUUUUCUGGUUGGCGAAUUAGAAUUUCCUAACCUAACCUCAUGACUUUCUAGAUAUACUAUAAUGUUUAGACUAGGCCGUACUAGUUCGUUUUAGAGUGUCCAUAUUUUUAUCAGGAUCAACUAGUUUGACCUAGGCUAAACUGGUUUAUCCUAUCGGACUUACAACAAAUUAGUUUGUACUAGGCUAUACUAGAUAAUCUUAUCGCCUAUAGAAAGAAUUUUAGCCUAGGCAAAACUAGUUUGUCCUGAAAUCGAGUUUAGUCGGUAACAUAUACACUGAUAAACCACUUUAUCCACUAGUGGAUUAAUGAAAAGCACCAUAACAAUUCAGUGUUACUGGACAUGUGACUUGGUUCCAAUCUAGAAACUAAAGAAAAGUUAAAACACUGGAUACACUCGCACUAACAAAGAAGGUAAAACAGUUUGACCAAAAGGAAAACCAUGGCUACGGUGUUUUGGAUCGUGCUUCUCGUUGUCUUCAUCCUAAAAACUAGACGAAGAAGCAUGUUCUCAGCUGGCACGAUUCCUUAUAGUGCCAAUGUGGUAUAACCAUUUCUCCUAUAAGUGGCUAGCCUUUUACCACCUAUCUUAGAGUCCUGAUCUGCCAUCCAAUAAAUAAUAACCUCUUUAGAGAAAUGAAGAUGUAGUUCAAAAGACGACGCUCCUUUACUAACAAAUUGCUUCAAAAUUCAGUAAAAUACCUCUUGAAUCUGUAUUGUAUAUUGUCUUCCCUUGUUCUGCUUGCUCAUUGAGGCUUCUAGGUGCAAAAAGUAAGGUUGUAAAGAUAAUUUUUUUCUAUUCUAACUACGUGAUGACAUGUUUUAAUAGAAAUUCGUAGAAAGGGUUGCAUGUAGUACUAAAUGUAGUUUUCAAAUAUCUAUCACGACCAACUUACCAAUCUCAACCGAGGUUAGGUUAGGUAUAAAAAUAGAAGUGGAUAAUAUAAUGUGGGUUUAAUGUACUAGUGUAUUUAAAUGUGUUCUAAAUUAUUAAAUUUUUAAAUUUCCUUCUAGAAUUUAAU